UUGCCUUCCUACGUCGAUGUAGUUUUUUUUCAAAAAAUGGAACGAACCUGUGCGGAGUUAAAUCAUUUGCAAAUUUCUACCUUCAAGUUGAUAUCGAUUACAUCUUGUAAUGAAAUAUUCUUUAUUCGUCGCUUGUAUAAUCUGUGUGCUUCUUGGCGGCUCAGAAGUCACGAGUCUUUUGUCAAAGACAAGACGUGCUCCGCUGUCGCUGCUCAGCCCACCAACCACCACUACCACAACCGAAAAACCACUACAAGCAACAAAUACUCUAACAUCAUCCUUUUCGAAAUUGUUGCGGCUAGGAGCACCAGCCACAACUACCCCCACUCCACAGACAAAGAUAAAGGAGGUCAUACCGGAUUUGGGAUCCAUUCAGAGUGAGUUGAAUGAAAUACGUAAAAGUGCAUCAUUGGCUGCAGAAAAGCUUGCUCCAUCGCCAACAGAAAAUCCGCAUGUAAAUGUGUCUGAUCCUAACGUACCAACCCCGUCGUCGCCCACAUCAAUACCGAACACUUCAAAGCAAGUUUCACUAGAACCAUCACACGCGGAUGUUGGUAUUCCACCUGCAUCAUGUACUGAAGUUGAACUGAACUGCGUUGAAGCGCAGAGAGAUGAAAAUCAGAGUGUAGAAUCCGAACAAACCGCUGUAAAAGACACAUUUAAAGAAAAUGAUAGAGAUCAAUUUGGUACUAAAGAUGGAUCAGACAGUCAAGCAGGAAAAGGAGAUUUGAAUAUAGAGCAAACAAUGAAAAAACCUGAAGACGUUGAAGCCGUAUCAAUAAUUCCAAUUGUGACAGAUUCGGCUUCGGAAAUCAUUGAGUCAAUUUUGAACUUAGCCGAUUUACCAGUGCUGGAAGGGGAAUCAAAAAAUCCUGUCGAAAAACAUCCACUGCUGCUCAGCGAUAAAAAUGAUUUAGAAUUAUCUGCUCCUAAUAUCAUCGAUCAAAUUGAUGAUGCCACACCAAAGGAUGAAGAGGAAAAUCAAUCACUACCAUCGAUUUCCGAAGAAUUGCCCAGUGAACUGAUAAAUAAAUCAACAGAUCCUACCAUACACCCAACAGACUUGGAACUUUCAGCUUCAUCAUCCAAAGCAGUUGAGCAUACAGAUCUACAAAAACAGGACAUUCAAUUAAUUUCUGAAGAGAUUUUGCCGCUUCCCAGUUCCCCAAAACCAGAAGAGAUUAAAUCGAUAGAUUCACUGCUACCGGAAGUGGAAACAGUAAUUCCAUCUACAAUUUCAACUGAUCCAGUUAACAAACCGUUAACAGAGGCAGAAGGACCAGAUAAUGAAUCGCCAACUUUAGCAUCCUUAGAAAACACAGAAAUUAAUUUGUCAGUCAUUCCAGUGACUGAUGUUGAACCUACACAUGAAAAAGUUUCUGAUGCAGAGCAUAAUAAUUUACCCAUUCAGGAGGAUCCAUCUACAAAUCAAUUGAAAUCAGAUGAAUUGGUUAGACAUAGCGAUUAUUCAAAUACGAUACAAUGUGAAACAGACAAUGUCUCGGAGCUCAACACUUUGUUGAACUCAAAUAAUCCAACCACUAAAACAGAUACUCAAUCCACCGAUUCAGAAGACCUACCUGUGGAGUUAACAAAUCCAGUUGUGGAAACUGAAAAUAUAAACAAUUUGCCAGCGAUACCAUCCGAAACGCCUGUAGCUUCUUUGCCAGAAGUGACUCUACCACCUACGUCUGCUGUGAAAUAUGUUAUUUCAACUGGAUUAAAUAAACUGAGUUCAUCUAACUUUAAUACUGGCAGUAUGGGACUUCAAUAUCGAACGGAUCCUGUUCCUGUCGCCGGCUCACCAUUAGCCACAAGUCUUGGUACUGACAAUUCAGUGAGGGGAUUUUACAAUUUAUUUAAUUAUGGAGAUGAGCCACUCAUUGAUAUUCAUAACAACGAAUUCAAUUUACUGAAAAUAGUUAUUUUCUGAUGAAUUUGUGAAUGUGUAUUCAAUUGUGUAAAAUGGUAGUGGUAAGCCCGAGAUUUUUCCUCGUGUUCCCUACACAUUCGCUAAAUACAAUUGUU